AUGGAAAACGGUAAGGAUGAAGAAAAUGUAAACAAAAAUAAAAGAUAUAGAAAAGACAAACCUUGGGACAAUGAAAAUAUAGACCAUUGGAAAAUCGAAAAAUUCACAAAAGAAGAUAAUAAACAUCAUUUUUUAGAAGAAUCAAGUUUUAAAAUAUUAUUUCCUAAAUAUCGAGAAAAAUAUUUACAGCAAUUUAGUACAGAUAUAAAAAACACAUUGCAUAAUCAUUUUAUAAAAUUUGAAAUAAAUUUAAUUGAAGGAUAUAUGACAGUUAAAACAACAAAAAAAACAUUUGACCCAUAUAUAAUUAUAAAAGCACGUGAUAUGAUAUCCUUGCUUUCACGUAGUGUGCCUUAUAACCAUGCAAAAAGAGUAUUAGAUGAUGAAAUAUUUUGUGAUAUUAUAAAAAUUAGUGGUUAUAUAAGAAAUAAAAAUAAAUUUAUUAAAAGGAGACAAAGAUUAUUAGGAAGUAAUGCUACUACUUUAAAAGCUCUUGAAAUAUUAACACAAUGUUAUAUUUGUGUUCAUGGAAAAACUGUAUGUGUUAUUGGAAAUUUUAAAUCUUUAAAAAUCGUAAGAAGGAUUGUUAUUGAUUGCAUGAAAAAUAUUCACCCAGUUUAUCAUAUAAAAGAAUUAAUUGCAAAACGAGAGUUAGAAAAAAAUGAUGAAUUAAAAAAUGAAAAUUGGGAAAAAUAUCUUCCGAAUUUUAAAAAAAGAAAUGUUCAACGAAAAAAAAUCAAACAAAAAUUAGAAAAUAAAAAUGGUAAGAAAAAAUCCGUUUUUCCACCUGAUCAAUUACCAAGAAAAAUUGACAUACAAAUGGAAACUGGUGAAUAUUUUAUGAACAGAAAUAAUAAAAAAAAAAAACAACAAAAAGAAAAUCCUAAAGAUGAGUAG